AUGGCAAGAGAUGUUCAAGCAAGACUGACAUACCUCCAAUGGCAACCAAGCUACACCCAUACACGUCCUUAUCGGAUUGGUGUAUUCUCCGGACGGAGAAAGCGCAAUGCAGAUCGCGAUAAGACGACUAAUUUAGUCUUCCACGUGGCCGAUCAUCCCGAGACUAUCAGAGAUAUCAGGGGACUAAUUGACGCCCCUCCGUUCGAUCUUGACAUCAACGGUUUCGCCUAUAAAAGAUGCCCCCCGCCGGCUAUCACAAAGCCAUAUGAGUACUCGGAUCCUCAGAAGAUCAAUGAUAUCUUCUUGCCAGAAUGCGAAGCCAUUCUGAAGGAACACGUUAACGGAGCCGAUGAAGUGAAGAUUUUCGAUUGGAAAAUCAGAAAGAAAAAGAGCGCGAAAGAGAAGCGGACAAGAAACCCAAAUUUGCAGGGGUUUGCGCGACAGGUUCAUAUAGACACACUUUUGACCCGAGAUGAGAUCGGAACUCCUACAAUGGAGCGUAUACGAAAUCAUCUUCCGGAAGAAUCUCAACACCUUCUUUCUGGGCGAGUCCAAUUGAUAAUCCUUUGGCGACCGGUAAGUGGUCCAAUAGAGGAUCAUCCCAUGGCAGUAUGUGAUGGACAAACCAUGGACGCAACCAAGUUGAUAGAGACGGAUAUGAUACGCGGAAACUACACCGGCACCAUGCUCUAUCCACAAUAUGAGGCAAAUAGUGCACGUCGAUGGUAUUAUAUGAGUGAACAAGAGACACAAGAUGUGCUUUUGUUUAAGGGGUUUGACACGAAGGAAGAUAGCGUGAAAUAUACUCCUCAUACAUCAUUCAGUCCUUUGAACACACCAGGGAGUUCAUGUUCCAGGGUCAGCGUGGAGGUGAGAGCACUGGUGUUUUCACACGAAUGA